AUGGUACGAAUUACGAUCAGUAAUUUGCAAUGUGUAUUUUUCUUCUUAUGCAUUGCUCAAGUCUGGAGCGCAUUACAUUUUCGGCGAAAAGUAAAAUCCGCGGGUGUUGCUUUCAAGAAGGGAGUACCAUUAUUCCGCAAUCAAUCAAUACAAGACGAUAAUUCAACACUUGGAUAUCAAAUUGAUAUUUUAAUGGUAGCUGAUUAUUCAAUUUAUAAAAAUUUUCUCAGAAUUGUUCGUGGCGAUGAAUAUUCUGCGCUUUCAGCCACAAAUGAUUAUUUGUAUGCAAUUUUUGAACAGGUUCGUUCAAUUUACGAUGGAAAUCGCUUGUUCGAAAAUGUGCCUGUGACCCUAAAUUUGGCAUCAACAAUGACAAUUAUCCGUGAAGAAGACUGUCCACUCUUGUCAUAUCUCAAUCAAUCCAUUUUAGAUAAUUUAGACAAUGGAACACAUUCAUUAUAUUUAAGAAUGAACGCAUUAGAUGCUGUAAAUUACGUCCAAAAAUGGGUAGCAGAAUAUUCACAAUGGAUUCCUGCGCAUAAUCAUAUCAUUUUAUUGACAAAAAAUGGCAAUGCUGGUUGCUUGCUGCGAUCAAAAAGUCGCGAGCGGCGAUUGCGAAGGACGUCUCAACGGCGUCAUCGUAAACCUGGUGAAUUACUAGUGCGACAGAAUCAGUGCAAGAUAGCAUUUGGAUCUCAUUACAGUGUUUGUCCAAGAAAAGAAUAUGCCUCAAAAGAUCCCUGUCAACGGUUAUGGUGCAAAAAUCGACGAUUGCGAAGGUCAAGUCCAUGCGAAACAAAAGUUUACCUACCUUUACUUGAUGGAACAAAGUGCGGUCCAGACAAGUGGUGUCUUGGGGGAAUUUGUGUGACAAAUGACAAGGAUAAAGAAGACUGCGCAGAUUUGAAUCCUUCAAUGUGCCGUAAACUACCGCAUGAGAAACUACAAGAAUUUUGCCAGUCAAAACAGUUUCGUCUGCUUUGUUGUGUUACGUGUUUACAAACUACACAUUACGCAAACUCACACAAAUCAUAG